AUGGGAAAAGAUUCGACGACGAAAACGGGCGUCUUCAUCGCGUUGGCAUGCUUUGGCGUGUAUUUUCACCAGCUUUACUCGUACGUGUUAAGGACGACUCAUAAUGCGAGUUUGAACAGAAACGGGACGAAAAUAUCCGCGUUGAAAUGGAUCGAUGGGUUAUCGUUUGAAGCGCCGUUGAUUGCGUCUUUGUUGUAUUUGACGAUGGUUUUCGUUGGCCCGAAAAUCAUGCGAAAGCGCGCCGAGCCGUUUAAUCCGAAAGCGUUGAUGUUGGUGUAUAACGUGUAUCAGACGUUAUUUAACGUGUACGUGUGUUAUUUGUUCGUGAGUGAAAUCAAGACGAAUAAUUUCAAGGUUUGGGGGGAAACGUGUCGAUGGAACGAUACGCGAACGUUCGGCGUCGCGUUGGGGGUUUGGUUGCAUUACAACAACAAGUAUUUGGAGUUGUUGGAUACGGUGUGGAUGAUUUUGAGAAAGAAAGAAAAGCAAGUGUCGUUUUUGCACGUGUAUCAUCACGUGCUGUUGGUGUGGGCGUGGUGGAUGGUGUGCUGGACGAUUAACCAGGCGCCGUGCGUGGACAUGUACUUUGGCGCUUUGUGCAACUCGUUCAUUCACGUGGUGAUGUAUUCGUAUUACGCCAUGGCGUUGAUGGGCGUAGCGGUGCCGUGGAAGAGGUACAUCACGCAACUUCAAUUGUUACAGUUCAUGGUGGUGUUUUGCCACGCGGUUUACGUUUUGUUGUACACGAAGUGCUUGAAGAUUUUACCGUAUUCGCAAAUGUUCGUCAUGGCGAACAUGUUGGUUUUGUUCGGUAACUUUUACAUGAAGAGUUACAAGAACACGUCGUCGAAGCGUAAAACGAAGUAA